UACAAAAACACAGAAUAAAUACAUUUUCCGGAAGACAAAAACGAAAACACAAUUAACUGUAUUCCGGAAAGUGUUUUCCUUUUUCGUGUUUUCCGGAAAAUAAAAACACAGUGAGAAAUAACAUUUUCCGGAAACUUUUUAAAAAUACAAAAACACAAGAAAAAUACAAAAAUACAAUUCCAAUUAAUUAUAGCAACUAAAAUGAAAUUAUUUUAUUCCCUAUUGAUCUUUAUUUUAUUUCUUUUGAUCAAUUUACACUGCGAAGGGGCCAAGUUUCUUUUUACAUUUUUUCAUGAUAACGGCAGUCAUUUUGGAUCUAUGCGUCCCCUUAUGGAAAUGCUGGUAGAGAAGGGGCAUUCUGUCUCAUUUUUGGAUACAAUCCCCAUGGAUGGGGCUUCGCCCAAACUUCGUGCCAUUCGUUUUCCCUUACCCAGAAGGCAGGAUGAGGAAUGGAAGAAUAGAAUGGCACAUUUACUUUGGCAUGAGAGGCUAACGUCCCUUUAUUUAGGGCAUUAUUUUGUUGCUAUGGAUAAAUUACUUGAUGUUUUAUUGACAAAUGGGACAGACACAGUUGGUUUAAUGCCUGAUUUUAGAGGGGAACUAGCCUAG